CGUACCACUGACCAGCUGAGUCCAUUCAAGUUGAACGAUGGUGAUGUUGACGGGCACCCGCAGCACGCCAGUCAAGCAGUGGCGUCCCAGAUCAAAUCAAUCAUCAUUCUCGUCGACACCCGGGUCACCAUCACCGCCAUCUUCACCACCACCGAACACUGUAUCGUCGCCGAUGCAGGCACUCAGACUACAGAAAAAGCAUCCCGAAGUCACUCAGGAUGAGAUGUUCGAUCUCAUCAAUCGCUUCAACGCGAUCCAAACGGACACUCCAGGACGGGUAGAUAAGAGCUCUGUCUUGCAGGUCCUCCAGAACAGCGGUGAAUCAUACGAUCAAGCCCGUGAGACGCUGAAGCAUGUUUCCGUCGACGCCAGUGGCAAAGUCGAGCUCGAAGACUGGGUCGAACUCAACGUCAAACUACGAACACAGUCAAAAGCGUCUGUAUUGCCCACGAGAGCCGGAAAAGUGACAGUCCAAGGGUCAAAUGCGAACGUCAGUCAUACGAUCAACGAGGACGAGCGAAAGGAAUUCACGAAUCACAUCAAUGGAGUCAUUGAAAACGAUCCGGAUAUUGGGUCUCGGUUCCCUAUCCCGACGGCAACGAUGCAAAUCUUUGACGAAUGUCGUGACGGUCUCAUUCUCUGCAAACUCAUCAACGACUCUGUGCCGGACACUAUCGAUACCCGUGUGCUGAACAGACCCACUGCUCGCAAGCCACUGAAUGCGUUUCAAAUGACGGAAAAUAACAACAUUGUCAUCACCUCUGCCAAAGCUAUAGGUUGCUCCGUCGUCAAUAUCGGUCCCUCUGAUAUUGCUGAAGGGAGGGAGCACCUGAUCCUCGGGCUUAUCUGGCAAAUCAUCCGCAGAGGUCUUCUCGCACAAGUCGAUAUCAAACUCCAUCCAGAGUUGUACCGUUUAUGUGAAGAUGGCGAGACCAUUGAUGAUCUUCUUCGCCUUACGCCGGACCAAAUCCUUCUGCGUUGGUUCAACUACCAUUUGAAGGCCGCUGGUUGGAAGAGAAGAGUCAACAACUUUAGUCGCGACGUUUGCGAUGGCGAAAACUAUACAGUCCUUCUCAACCAACUCAAACCUGAACAGUGUUCUCUUGCUCCUCUGCAGACGAGGGACACUAGGCAACGUGCGGAACAGGUGCUGCAGAAUGCCGCGGCGAUCAACUGUAGGAAGUACCUCACAGUCUCAUCGCUUGUUGCCGGUAACCCUCGUUUGAACCUUGCGUUCGUCGCCAAUCUCUUUAAUACAUGGCCCGGCUUGGACCCUCUUGACGAGCAGGAGGCGAAGGACUAUGGCGUGGUCGAAGACUUUGAUGCGGAAGGAGAGCGUGAGGCCCGAGUGUUCACCCUCUGGCUUAAUUCAUUGGGGGUUGAACCUGGCGUUUAUAAUUUGUUUGAGAACAUCAAGGAUGGAUUGGUCAUCCUGCAAGCCUUCGAUAAGAUUCUCCCGGGAUCCGUGGUCUGGCGGCGGGUGUCGAAACCCAGAGGGGGUGCUCAAGCCCCUCCUCCUACUAUGCUAGAAGACGGAGAGCAGGAGGAUAUCGGUGUGAAGCCGAACCAGAGCACGCUUUCUCGUUUCAAGCAGGUGGAAAAUACAAAUUAUGCUGUCGAACUCGGAAAGCAGAAUGGAAUGCACCUCGUGGGUAUUCAAGGUUCGGACAUCGUCGACGGGCAGAAAACUCUCGUCCUGGGUCUUGUUUGGCAGCUUAUGAGGAUGAAUAUUACCAAGACCCUCAUGUCACUAUCAGGGUCCGGCCGACCCAUAAGCGACACAGAGAUGCUGAAGUGGGCUAAUACCACCGCUCAAAAGGGCAAGCCUGGCAUCCGUCCCAUUCGGUCGUUCAAAGACCCCUCGAUUACCACUGGCCUGUUCUUCCUCAACGUUCUUGAAGGACUGAGACCAGGCAUCGUUGAUCCGGCGCUGGUCAUCAACGUCAGCGAGACUGGUCCGUACGAAGACCGAAGACAAAACGCCAAAUUGGCCAUUUCCAUCGCGAGAAAGAUGAAUGCAUUGAUCUUCCUCGUCCCGGAGGAUAUCGUGGACGUCCGGCCUCGUUUGAUUUUGACCUUUGUCGGAAGUUUGAUGAGUGUUGCAUAGUGAAGUUGAGUUUGUUUUUAGCCAAUACUAAGUGGGUGGGUUCCCAGCUACACGAGUGUGAGCGUUAUUCUUCGAUGUAACCCCAUUACUAUAUAAUGUAUGACUUGUACUGAGUCCUCGACGUCGAGGAAGAUCUA